AUGGUUAUGUCUCCUCCACUGCUUGGUGUUGGGGAGGAAGAAGGCCAGAGCAAUGUGACUUUUUUGGCUUCUUCGGCUUCCUUGGACAGUAUAUGUCGUAACAGCCCAGAACUGAAAGAGCGGAACUACAUGGGGUUGUCUGAUUGUUCUUCUGUGGACAGCUCGACAAUCUCCACCACAUCAGGAGACAAUAACAGCUGUCUGAAUUUGGAGGCCACCGAACUGAGGCUUGGGCUUCCUGGAUCCCAGUCUCCUGAGAGGGAUUCGGAGCUUUCCUUGCUAGGCUUGGCAAAACUUGAUGAGAAGUCACUCUUUCCGUUACAUCCUUCAAAGGAAGGUAAUUACUUCUUGUCGCAAAAGGCAGUUGUCUCAGGCAACAAAAGGGGCUUCUCAGAUGUUAUGGAUGGAUUCUCAGAGCGUUCAUUUCUUGUCAGUUCGGAAGUAAAUGUGAUGCUCUCACCCAGGGCUUCUCUAAACUCUAUUGUGAAAUCAGGUUCCGUGAAAGAAAACCCUGCAACUCAACCAGGUAAACUGAAAGAGAUGAUUCCCCAAAACACAGCUCAGGAGAGAUCUCGCCCUGCGAAUGAGACCAGUACAAACUGUGUCGGAGCUGAAAAUAACAACAGCAGUGCACCUGCUACAAAGUCACAGGUUGUGGGUUGGCCACCCAUUAGAUCGUUUAGGAAGAAUAAACUGACUUCUAGUCCAAAGAACACCGAGGAAGUUGAUGGAAAAGCAGGACCUGGCGCAUUGUUUAUCAAGGUCAGCAUGGAUGGUGCUCCUUAUCUAAGAAAAGUGGACUUGAGAGCUUACUCCGCAUAUCAGGAGCUCUCUUCUUCCCUUGAGAAGAUGUUUAGCUGCUUUACCAUAGGUCAGUAUGGGUCUCAUGGAGCUCCAGGCAGGGAGAUGCUGAGUGAGAGCAAGCUGAAGGAUUUGCUCCAUGGAUCUGAGUAUGUCCUUACUUAUGAGGAUAAAGAUGGUGACUGGAUGCUUGUUGGUGAUGUUCCUUGGGAGUAA